CUUGCUUCUGACACAACCGUGUUCACUAGCAACUACACAGGCAGACACCAUGCUGACUGCUGAGGAGAAGACUUCCGUAACCGCCCUAUUUGGCAAGGUGAAAGUGGAUGAAGUUGGUGGAGAGGCCCUGGGCAGGCUGCUGGUUGUCUACCCCUGGACUCAGAGGUUCUUUGAGCACUUUGGGGACUUGUCCACUGCUGAUGCUGUUAUGGGCAACCCUCAGGUGAAGGCCCAUGGCAAGAAGGUACUUGAGUCCUUUAGUGAUGGCCUGAAGCACCUUGACGACCUCAAGGGUGCCUUUGCUAAGCUGAGUGAGCUGCACUGUGAUAAGCUGCACGUGGAUCCUGAGAACUUCAGGCUCCUGGGCAAUGUGCUGGUGGUUGUGCUGGCUCGCCGCUUCGGUGGUGAAUUCACCCCGGAGUUGCAGGCUAGCUUUCAGAAGGUGGUGACCGGUGUUGCCAAUGCCCUGGCCCACAGAUAUCACUAAGUUCCCCUUCCUGAUUUCCAGGAAAGGUCUUUUCAUCCUCAGAGCCCAAAAACUGAAUAUGGAAAAAUUAUGAAGUGUUUUGAGCAUCUGGCCUCCGCCUAAUAAAAACUUUUAUUUUCAUUGCACUGGUGUAUUUAAA